GUUAUUGGAACCUAUUUCAGCAGAAUAGUGAACUGUAUAGGCUACUCGACUGGGUGGUUUUGGGAUUACUGGUACUGAGGUACAUAUGGGCUUUCUAUGGCGUAUGUAUCAGAGCACCAUCUCAAACUCUUUCCAAAACACUUGGUUAUAUAAAAGACUGACAAGAUUAUUUUUGGAGGAACAUUUCUUCUCGUCAUCAUGAGUCUCAGCCUGUUGACAUUUCUCUGUCUCGGUCUUUACCUCCCAGUGUGGAAUGCGCUGAGGGUCACCCAGCCGUACCGUGUGGUCGGUUUUCGUGGUGAGGUGGAGCUGUUCUGCUCCUACCACCACACAGGGAGACAUGAACCGGAGGAGCUAAGGGUCACUCUGUACCGGGGGGUGUACAGGGAGGGGAAGCAGGAGGUGUGCACCUCCUCCUUCACCCACAACCAGACAUCCUUCCAGGUGGAGGGAGUGGGGGAGGUGUGUUGUCAGGGCCAGUUAGGGCCAGGCAGGGUGAACCUGACUAUUUCUGGUCUCCGGGGUAACGACACUGACCUGUACUACUGUGGCAUAGAGGUCAUGUACCCUCCGCCAUACCUCAGGAGGUUUGGAAAUGGUACUCUUCUCUUCAUACCAGAGGAACCAGGCUGCUCGUUGCCAGAGGCCCAGAGAACGAGUGACAUGGGAGAAACGUCAGUCCGACUAGCUCUAGCAGGACUGGUCGCAGCCAACAUACUGAUGGUCAUCUCUGUUGUCACCUUUCUCCUUUACCAGGGUCUACAGAGGAAAAGAAGGUUUGGAGGAAUAACACCGAUGAUUUCACAGAAUGACGGAAGAUUUGGUUACGGAAACUUCCAAUGAAGAAUUUUCAUCAAUUGUCUGCAUCACCUCCAAUCUCCCAUAUAUAUUUUUUGCAAAUAUAUACAAACAUACAUACUGUACAUACAUACAUGCAUACAUACAUACAUACAUACACACACACACACACACACACAUAAAUACACACAUACACAUAUAAAUACAUACAACAUGAUCAUUACACAGGUGCACCUUGUGUUGGGAACAAUAAAAGGCCACUAAAAUGUGCAGUUUUGUCACACAACACAAUGCCACAGAAGUCUCAAGUUUUGACGGAUGAGUGUAGGACUGUCCACCAGAGCUGUUGCCAGAGAAUGUAAUGUUAAUUUCUGUACCAUAAGCCGCCUCAAACAUCGUUCUAUAGAAUUUGGCAGUACGUCCAACCGGCCUCACAACCGCAGACCACAUGUAACUAUGCCAGCCCAAGACUUCCUGAUUGGCGAGCCUGGCUCCCCAGUGGGUGGGCCUAUGGGUGGGGGUGGCCUAUGGGUGGGCCUAUGGGUGGGGGUGGGCCCCCAUCCCACCCUUCCCCAGAACACGUGUAAAUAUUGGACUAUAAAUUGUGCCUUCCUGUAUUAUACUGAUGCUAAAAUGUUUAUUCUACUAUUCUACUGAGACAUUUACUUUGUGUAGCCUGGUCCCAGAUCUGUAGUCUCCUCCUAUAGCCUGGUCCCAGAUCUGUAGUCUCCUCCUAUAGCCUGGUCCCAGAUCUGUAGUCUCCUCCUAUAGCCUGGUCCCAGAUAUGCUGUCUCCUCCUGUAGCCUGGUCCCAGAUCUGUAGUCUCCUCCUAUAGCCUGGUCCCAGAUCGGUAGUCUCCUCCUAUAGCCUGGUCCCAGAUAUGCUGUCUCCUCCUGUAGCCUGGUCCCAGAUCUGUUGCCUCCUCCUGUAGCCAGAGUCUGAACGCUCUGAAUGAACUGAUAUGAUCUAAACCUUUUUUUUAUUCACACUGAUUAUUAAUAAUGGUAGUUGAAUGUGAUUUCUUUUAUUAAAUUUAUAUUGUUUUGUA